UGUCAAAUAACCCGACCUGGCAAAACCUGCUUCAAUCUCUACUUGAAACCCUUUAUAACCCGUGCUGCAAAAUGCGACCGAGAAGCCGCGACGAUUUUGCGAUCGCGAUUAUCUGCGCCCUCCCUCUCGAGGCGGAAGCGGUCGAGGCCCUAUUUGAUAAAACCUAUGAUCGGCUUGGAAAACACUACGGCAAACAACGAGGUGACGCGAACGCAUACUUAAAUGGACGAAUUGGCAAGCACGACGUGGUCCUGUGCUAUAUGCCUGGAGUGGGCAAGGGCAGUGCAGCUGCUGUUGCCUCUAGCUUGCUAGUCAGCUACACAGGCAUUGAGCUAGCUUUGGUAGUUGGUACCUGCGGAGGCGCCCCCUCGCCCCCCAAGUACCAAGAGAUAUUCCUUGGCGAUGUGAUUAUCAGUGACUCGGUGAUCGAAUAUGACUUUGGCAGACAGUAUCCGGGAGGGUUUCAACGGAAGAGUGACGUUAAGGAAACGCUAGGCAGGCCAGGUCGAGAGAUUCGGGCUCUUCUAAAUGGCCUUCGCACGGAAAAUGCACUCAGUGAGAUGCAGGACCAGACACAGCAAUACCUUCACUCCCUCCAACAGACAGGGACUAGGUGGUGUCAUCCCGGGGUCCGCGAUAUCCUUUUCAAUGCCUCUUAUCUGCACAAGCAUUCCAAGCCUGCUUCUUUUGCUAGGUGCUCUUGUUCUACGACUGAUGCAGCUGACCAAAUUUGCGAAGAGGCUUUACGGAAGGAGUGCGACGAGUUGAACUGCGAUCCAAGUCAACAAGUCCGAUGUCGAGAGAUCUCGGAUGCUAUCCGGACUUCCAUAUACAUUGGGCCCGUUGCCUCUGCCGAUACGGUCAUAAAGUCAGGACAGUAUCGUGAUCAGAUUGUCAAUAGAGAGAAGGUCAUUGCGUUCGAGAUGGAGGGGGCAGGAAUAUGGGAUAAUGUUCCAUGUGUCAUUAUUAAAGGCGUUGAUAACUAUGCCGACAGCCACAAGGGCAAGGUGUGGCAGGCAUAUGCAGCAGCGACCGGAGCGUCAGUGGCGAAGGCUUUUUUGGAGUAUUGGAUGCCGGUAAACUACAAAGGUACGAGCAAUUCUCGCCACCUAAUGAUUCCCUUUGCAAGAAAUCCGCAUUUCGUGGGCCGCCGGAAAGAGAUACAGGAAUUAGAGGACUGGAUCUCUGCGCCAGACAGACCGAGAAAGCUUGCCAUUACUGGAUUGGGCGGGGUAGGAAAAACCCAGAUUGCGCUGCAGUUCGCCUACCGCAUGCGCGACAGAGAGCCUGAAUGUUCGGUCUUCUGGAUCCCAUGUACCAGCUAUAAGGCUGUUGAACAGGCUUUCAUGAGCAUUGCAAGUCUGGUGGGGCUCCAGGAUGUGGAGCCAGCCGGGGUAAAACAGCGGCUCCAGGCUUACUUCAUCCAGACCGACAAGAAGUGGAUCCUGAUUUUCGACAACGCAGAUGAGAUGAAUAUGUGGAUCAAGAACAGCCCCUCAGCACCACCACUCAAGGAUAUUAUUCCUCAGAGUGAGAAUGGCCAUGUGCUCUUCACGUCACGCAAUCGUCAGCUCGCGUUAAAGCUGGCAGCAGCAAACAUAGUCUCUAUUCCUGAUGUGGAUCAGAAGACUGGGAAGAAGAUCUUCAAAGAAUUACUAGUCCAGAAAGAUCUGCUUCAAAAUGACCUCAUGGCAAAUAUACUCCUUGAGCAGCUUGCCUUUCUCCCUCUGGCAAUCAGUCAAGCCGCAGCUUACAUGAAUCAGCACGGUAUCUCCUUUGAGAAAUACAUGUUGUUGCUGGGUGAACAGGAGGCAAGCACAAUGGAAAUGCUCAACGAGGAGUUUGAUGAUGAUGGACGCUAUGCAGAAAUUCAGAACCCAGUGGCCACAACCUGGCUGGUGUCAUUCUCACAAAUUCAACAACUGGAUGAAACAGCGAGCGACUAUCUGUCGUUCAUGGCUUGUAUCAAUCCACGGAAUAUACCGGAGUCCAUUUUGCCGGCCGCAGCUUCAGCAAAACGGAAAGUAGAAGCAGUAGGUCUUCUCAAAGCAUAUUCUUUUGUCAGCAUACAGGGUGAAGACAGCACUUUCAGUGUUCAUCGACUUGUACAUCUCGCCACUCGAAACUGGCUUCGCAGAAGGAAGAGCCUGAACAGUUGGGUAGAAAGGGCAGGCAACCGGUUAGCCCAGGUGUUUCCGAACAGCAACCAUGACAAUCGACGUAAGUGGAGGGACUACCUACCUCAUGCAUUGUAUCUGGUAAACAGCGCAGAAUUCCAGGCACACCAGGACAAGUACCAUCACUUUCUGGCAAGAAUCGGAGGCUGCCUGCAGAGUGAUGAAAGAUAUAGCGAGGCCGAGAUUGUAUUUCGAAACGUGCUAGAAAUACGAGAAAAAGGUUGCGGACUAGAGGAUCCUGAUACUCUGUCCAGUGUCAGCCAGCUUGGCUCAGUACUCGCACGACAGGGCAAGUAUACAGAGGCAGAGGCCAUGCAUCAACGAGCACUUCAGGGUCGUGAGAAGGCUCUUGGUCCCGAGCAUCCUGAUACUUUGACCAGCAUGCAAAAACUUGCAUCUACUCUAAAACAGCUAGGAAGGCCCCUGAUGCCUUAAACCUUCUUAGAAAAUGUGCCGACUUUCGCACCAACAUAAUAGGCUCGCAUCAUCCACACGCUAUAUCCUCAUCAAACACCUUUCGUGACUGGGAAAUAGCAGCAGUCCAGCCUUCAAAAUGUCAGCAAACACAUGUUACAUUACUUAGUCUGCCACAUUCGUUUGAAUACCAUGCAUGCUACUGUC